AUGAGUGCGCCGUCAACCAUGGGCAAGAGCACCGUCCCGGCCCUCUCACCCGAAGCAAGAGCCAUUCUUGGCGACUUCGAGGACAAACUCAUUGAUGUAGGCACCUGCGCCAGCACCGGCAAGCGUGUCACCCUCUGCUACAACACCUUCGGUAACCCCUCCAACCCGUGCCUGCUGCUUGUCCAGGGGCUCCGCAUGUCCCUCCUGGGCUACCCGCUCCACUUCGUGCAGUACUUUGUGGACCAAGGCUACUACGUCAUUCGCUACGACAACCGCGACACAGGACUUUCCACCCGGUUCGAUGAGUUCGGCGCCCCGGCGCUCAUUCGACUCGUUCUGCCGCAGUGGAUGUCCAUCGGGGAACGCCUGUCGUACACCCUGCAUGACGUGAUGGAGGAUGCCAUUGGGCUGCUGGCAGCGCUUAAGAUACGCCAGGCCCACGUCUUUGGGAUGAGCAUGGGUGGCAUGAUUGUGCAGCUCAUGGCGAUCCACCACCCGGAGCGCGUACUGAGCCUGAACAUUCUCUUCUCCCACGCCGGCGGCAAAGACGUUGUGAACCCGAACCUGCUGCACUAUGCCCGCUUUCUCGUGAAGCCGCGCAGCGACAGUGCCGAGGACCACGCUGAGCACAUGGUAUGGUUUUUGGGCUACCUCAGCCAGGGUGCGUACAUGGCCAACGUGGAGGAAAUGAAGAAGUACAUAUUAAGCUCAUACGAGCGUAACGGCGUGAUCAACGACCGCGAAACGCAGCGGCAGGCGGCGGCAGUAAUGCGUGCACCGAGCCGCGCCAAGGGCCUGCGCAAGCUGACGUGCCCGACGUUAAUCAUGCACGGUGCCAAUGACCCGCUGAUACCGGUGGCAAACGGCUACCGACUUGCCGAGCUGGUGCCGAACGCGAAGCUGGUGAUCUUUCCUAAGCUCGGUCACAGCUUCCCCGUGGAGCUGAUGAAGCCCAUCGCUGAUCAAGUCUUGCUGAACAUGAGCCUCGUGAAGCGGACUGAGUAA